GACGGCAAAGGGGGGGAAUGACUUCUGGGUUGGCGCUUCUGUUCUCGAGUUUGAUGUUUCCUGCAAACAACCCCAUAAAUGCUCAGGAGCAGCUCAGGAAGGCACCUGCCCUGCGCUUCGGUGAGGUCCCAGCCGCGGGUGACAACCCUCGCCCUGUUAUCCCAGUCUCCCCGCAGCCCCCCGGCCCUGAGCGCGGCCCCGGCUGGGACAGGAACAGGGGCCAAGCUGGCACACAGUGGUUCCCAGAGAGGUGUGGGAAGAUUCACACGCCGUGCCCCUCCAUUCCCACAAAGAGCCAUCUCCAGGCACCUAGCACCAUGUCCAAGGACAACGUGGGCUGCAAGCUGACCUCAGUCUACAAACACAAGGAGAGGAAGCCAAAAAAGCCCCACUACAUCCCAAGGCCAUGGGGAAAGCCGUACAACUACAAAUGUUUCCAGUGUCCCUUCACCUGCAUGGAGAAGUCCCACCUCUACAACCACAUGAAGUACAGCUUGUGCAAGAACUCCCUCUCCCUCCUUAUUGAGUCUGACUGGCCCUACAAGAAGGGCAAUCUGCUCCACCCAGAGCUGCGGCUCCUGCACGCAACAGAGACCUCCCGCAUGCGCGGGCAGCAGGACGAGCAGGAGACCUGCGACUCCUCGGCCACGUCAGGAGGGUCAGUUAAGACCAAGCAGGCCUCCGUCAGGGAUGGCCAUGAGGACAAGCCGACAUCAGGGGUAGAGAUCUUGCCUGCUGAAGGAGCUGGUGCAGAAGGCAGCCUGUUCCAAGAGGAGGAAGAGGAUGUUGCUGGCCUGUUGAGGGACAUUGAUGCAGGAGAGAAGAAAGAUAAAAAUGAAGAGGCGGGUUGCCAAGGUGACCCAGCUGAACCAGAAGUAAACACUUUGGUCUUUGGUUUCAAGAACAAGAGAGACAAGCCUUGCAAGGAGGUGGAGCCCGACUUCAUCAUCACAGAUGUGUUCUCCCUCAAAAACCAUGUCAUGAAAAGCAGGGAAAUGGCCUCCCCAGACCUAGAUGCUAAACCAAAGCAUUGCAAAGUGCCAAAGAAAUGCCUGGCCAGCAGUGGGAUCCUCAUGGAGCAGUGGAAGCUGGUGGCAAAUGGGCAAAGGAGGAACACACCUGAGGUCUCCCCACCUUGUACUGACAGCAAUAUCAUCCCGUGCUACCCUCCUCCAGCCUACAGUGACUACCAUGAACCUCAGGGCCUCAACCUCUCACUGCUGGGUAUUAAUUACCCAUUAAACCCCAGUCUCUUCUCCUACCUGAGUCCCACCAUGGCCAACAGUGCUACAACACACUCACACUUGGCACAGCUGCCCUUCCUGGCCUCCACGGCCCAGCUGAUGCACCCACAUGCCUCCCACUUCCAGCAUCUGCAGAGCCCUGAGCGCUCAGCCUUUCUUCCCCGCUUCUACUACCCCUUGUUCUUUGAGCACACCUUUGGCUCCACUGAAAGCAAGAUGUCCUCCAGCAAGCCAGAAGCCCAGCAGCUGGUGGGCUCUGUCAUGCCCACACCACCCCAAGCCAAAACUCCCAGUGAGCCAACCAAACCAGGGCUGCUGAAGGUACCAGUUCUGAAGACAGGUUUUCCUUGGUCCAAAGGUGUCAGAGAGGAGCCAGCCUCUGAGCGCAGCCACCCUGUCAUGCUGGGGCAAGAAGAAGAGGAGAAAUGGUUGUCCCAAGAGAAGGAGAGCAACCCAGCUUUGGGUCUCAACAACCUACACAAAAAGCCAGCUGCUGACAUCUACCAAAACAUGGUGGGGAUGAAGGAUGGUGCUUUUGCCCCCAGCGGCAUCCAGAAGACAGAGCUACCAGUGUUGACCUGUCUGGAGACCAGCAGCCCUUCAGGCAAUCCCCUGAAGAGAAAGUUCACCACCAAUGGGAUGGAUUUGAUAGGACCUGAAAGGCUGAUGCCUGGAAAACUCAGCUACCAGAGCAGUGGUUCAAAAGCCAACCCUGGCCACAUCCCCAAGGCCCUGGACCACUGGCACACGGAGGUCCUCGCAGGCUGGCCUGAGGAACCAGAGAGGGGCAAUGACAUCAACAUUCUUCCCUCUGUGGGUGCUGGCCUCGACCACAACCUACGCAAGCAGAGCAGACCCCAAGAGAUUUCUGCCACCAUGAUAAACUCUGAGGCCACAACCAUGCUUAUAGGGGACCUGUCCAAAACCUUAGAGGAGUACCAAGAGGUAGAGAAGAAACUGUCUGAUCUGGCAAAGGAGGACACCCCUGGGCAAAAAGAGCUGAGGGAUCAGCUGGUCAAAAUCCGAAGGGAACUCUACCACAUCCACCAGGCACUGGAGAAAGCCACCAAAUCCCACGAGGGGCCUCUGGACCUCUCGGUGAAGAGAUCCUCUGAAGGUCUGGAGAAGGUCCAGCCGGCCAAGAAGGAGCCCUGCAACAUGAGCCUGGGAAGUGAGAAGCUCCAGAGCAAAGACCAAGGGGCCCUCAACAGAUGUAUGGCCACUGGGGAGGCUGGAGAUGGAGGGGGGCUGCCAAACUGCCUCCUUGAGGCUGAGAACAAAACCAUCGAUCUGCUGAUCAAGAUGAGCCGCUCUGAGAGCCUCCGGGCAUCCUCUUCCGAGGCUCAGCUGGGAGCUGUAAUCAAGGCUGAGGUCCUGCCGCUAACCAUGCCCCUGGAGCUCCGGCACGUGAUGGAGCCUUACUACAGCCGUACCACCAAGUGUGAGGCAGACUCCAGUGUCUUGCUCUGCUCCGAUGGCAGAUCCAGCACUACCCAGGGCCCUCAGCUCCCGGUCACUACUGAGGAUGGGCCCCUGGGCUGCCGAGCCAUGCAGCGCUCCCUGUCCUGCAGCCUUCCCAGUGAGACAGACACAGUGUGUGUCCACAGCCCUCUGCAUGCCGACCCCUAAGUCCACUUUGCUUGAAAGCUCCUGGAUCUCAUGGACCACCUCAUGCUUCACCUUCCUAGUGUCCCACCUCUCCACUCCCCCUCUUCCCCAUGGAUGAAAUCUUAACCACUGCCUGGCUGGGGCGACAUUGCGUGGGGUUCCAGCACGCUCCCCUGGCUGACUCCACUGGGUAUAGAAAACCAGUCCUUGUCUCACACCGAUGUCAAGGACGGUGUUCCUGGGCUCUGCAUGCUCCACAGCCUCAGCCUCCUGGUCCUGGAGCUCCUUUCCAAAGGGAAGUCACUGGCAGGCAAAAAAAGCAAACUGCUAAAAGCACCGAGCUUUCAGCAGAAGGCUCAUCCAGCCUUGUCGUCAGAGACACUCAGGGACUUCUGCAACCCAGCUCCCAUGGUCUGCGGGCAGAGGAGAGACAGGGCACCUGCGAGGCCGAGCCUCAGACCAGCCAUGGUUGAGCUCAGAGUGCUGCUGUCAUCUCAUACAGAGCAGAGACACGGUGGCUUUGCCGCACGGCCCCGUGAGGGUCACAACAAGGAAUUGAUGCCCAGCUGGACUGACCUAGAGGCCAGAUACUCUCCACACUGUGGAAACAAGAACAUCCUCCCAGUCUCAAUGACAAGAUGACACAGGAGCCAUGUUGCCACAACUCCUGCCCGGGUCCCGAGCUCUCCUGCCAAGGGCAUUUGCCAUGUGUGGGGACUGCUGGGCUGUAGGGAUUUGUUCCUGCCCACCGGUCCUCCAGUGUCUGGCUUCUUCUUUUGCCUUUACACAGAAAGGACACUCCCUCCUUCUGCCCCCAUGGCCUCUCCCCACACAGAUAUGCACGCUUCUCCCAAAGGCCCUGAUCCUGCAGACUACAGCUCCCAUGAGCUCCUGCUCACUAGUCCUAAUCCCCCAAAUGACGACACAUGGGACAGCAAAACCGGUGAGAUGAUGCCACAAACCACACUGUUCAAGGGGCAAAGACCCUAAAAACAACUGUGAAGGGACAAACUUGGCCUGUCCUGAGUUGGAAUGAUGCUGAGCAGCCAGAGCACUGGACAGCCCACCACCUGGGCAGGUACCUGCUUCUUGCAGGAUGACAACCAGCCUCUCUGAAAGGUGCACCUUCUCCCUGUGUUCUUGCCUCUUUGGGGCAGGCUGGCACCUACCACAGGGCAAUUGCACUUCCCUGUCCCUGCCACCCUGCUGAGCAGCAUCUGCUCUGGCUCAGGAUGUCCCCAUGCUUGGGGCAGGAUUUCUUGGACUCCCUCCCACUGUGGGAGGUUUAAUGUGCUCUCCUCAGCUUGGCAAAGCCAAGAUACCUUCCCUCUUCCCUCCACACUCCCUGUUCAGGGGAUGAUGGGGUCUUCUGUUAGCAGCCAGGGCUUUCACUGACUUGACCUGGCAGCUUGUUCUUUGCAAUGAGAAGAGCUGGUAUGGGAGAGUGGGACAAAGAGGACAGCAAGUAAAGCCACGAAUAAGGGACCUACACGGAACAGCAAGGGAGCUUUUGACAUUGGCUCUUCUCUGGGCACAAAGUGGACAAUCUGACUGCAGGUGGCUGAAGAAGGCAGAAGCCUCCAUGUGAGACUGGUGACUCCCAAGUCCAGGGACUCUCAAGUACUUUGAUGGACUCAGACAACAGGAAGAGUUGGCUCUUCUCACCUGGUUGCUCUCUGGACAAAACUUUCACCUCCUCAAAGGGAAUUAUUUCUCACUUAAUGACUCUGCUUAGAGCACACAGGCCUGUGGAGUUAUUGAUCUUUUCUCUUUGGAGAAAAGCGUGGGGAUGCAGGGCAGGGAACAUCAAAAGGCUCAGCUCAGGACUGUGGCCCUUUUGAGCCAGCUCUUCCUCUUCCUGAUGGGCCAUAUCCUGCUGCUUCCCAGCAUGGCCCUGGCCACAAGGCCCAAAUGAAGGUCAUGAGACUACAGUAGAACAGACAGCAGAGCUUGGGUGCAGGAUGUUAAACACCAGAGCCCAGGGGAGGUGGCAUUGGGCCUUUCUUUCUGAGUUUGAAUAGUGCUGUCAUCUUCGGAUGCCAUAACAGCAGUAGCACAGCAGUCCCUCCCACACCAAGCAUCUUGCUCACAUUCACCAUUCCCAACGGCCUGGCAGCCUCUCUCCAGCCUCUUCUGUGACCCUGUACAAAGUCUGUCACCCACCCUCGCUCACACAGCUCCUGCUGCUCCCCCAGCACCAGCAGGUCCCCAUAUUUCCAUUCCCAUAUGUUGGGGCUCCUCACUCUCCCCCACACCAGCUUCUCUGUGCAUCUUUCAUGGUGGGACCCUCAUCCAGCACACAGCAGGGCACCCACAGGCACAGCCCAAAACCUGGAGCCCAUUUUUCCCGUGACAUCCUUUCCUGCCCAUCCAGCUUUCACCUCCUCUGAGGAACAACAAGAUGUGUAGGUCCCUCUGCCCACCUGGGAGCCCCAGCUCCUUUCAGCUCCAAGCAUUGUGCUGUUUUUCUUAGCAGAUCCACAACUGAAUUUGGUCAUCUUGGAGGUCCGAGACAUCUGAGGAGCAGCUGAGCUCUGUGAGCAGCAGCCCUGCCCUUCAGCAGGAGACCCGUGCCCAGCCCACCAGGCAGUGCUGCCUUUCACCACUUUUCAGCUGAGAUAUUGCCUGCACACAAGUCACCUCUCCCACUGCAGCCCCAACUCCAUCCUGGCACCCAAACUGGGAUGCUGCCCUGCUCUGUGGUGCCCUUGCUGUGAGCUGGGCACAUCUCCUGUGUGUGGAGCGGGCGCCAGCAGCUCUCACCACAUCGCUCACGGUCACCCUCGCCUCUGCAGAAAGCUGGGGGGGCAAGCAGGAGGUGGAGGCUGAUCACACAGUAUUUAAUGUUCACAGUUUUACGAAUGUACAAAACCAAACCAAACCAUUAAAGGGAAA